AUGGCUACUAGUCAUAUUAAGAAGUGGUUCAAGUUGUGCAGCAGUGAUUUGCAUCAUGCCCACCAAAACAAUCCAAGCAAUUUAGCUCCUGCUGCAACCAAAGCUAUGGCUGCAGAAGCUAGAGAUCUUGUUGGUGAUGUGGCAAAUCUAGUUCCCCCUUAG